AUGUUGUUUGUAUCAGCAACAUCGACAACAACAACAAGCAAUGGUGUUGAACAACAAUCAAAUAACAACAACAACAACAGCAGCAGCAAUAAUGAAACAAUAGAUAAACUAAGAAUAUUAGAAUUCUUUAGUGGAAUUGGUGGAAUGUAUUACUCUACUCUGAUAUCAGGUAUACCAUUCGAAGUACUACAAUCAUUCGAUAUCAAUACCAAUGCAAACGAUGUCUACAACUAUAAUAUUUCAUCUAAAUAUCCUAAUCCAAAGAAACAUAAAGUAAAUAGUAAAAGUAUAGAUGCACUUACAACUAAAGAAUUGGAAUCAUUUCGUGCAAAUACAUGGUUAAUGAGUCCUCCUUGUCAACCAUUUACAAGAGUUGGAUUACAAAAAGAUUUACAAGAUAACAGAACCAACAGUUUUGUUCAUUUAUUGGAACAACUUGCGGCAUUAGCAGAACCACCAACCUAUAUACUGAUAGAGAAUGUCUAUGGCUUUGAGAAGUCGAAUGCGAGAGAUCUACUAUUGGAAACAUUCAAUCAAUUGCAAUACCAAUUUCAAGAGUUUCAUUUGACACCGACACAAUUUGGUUUACCGAAUCAAAGAUUAAGAUAUUUCUGUAUUGCAAAGAAAGUGUUAUUAAAUAACGAUAGUAAUAACAAUAGCAAUAGCAAUAUUGAUAUUAAAACAAAGAUAGUAACAAAAGAUAAUGCAAUCAUUCUAAAAACAAUACCAAGCUAUCAACAUACAGAAAACAAUGAAACCAAUACGAUCGAACAAUAUUUAGAUGAAUCAUACAAUACAGAUGAACACUACUAUAAAUACAAGAUACCAGAAAAGCUAUUAUUAAGUAAAGGAAUGUUAUUCGAUAUAAAGACAAUCAAUGAUAAGACAACGAAUUGUUUUACAAAAGCAUACUCAAAGUUUGUUGAAGGUACAGGAAGUGUAUUACAAUUGGACACAAACUACAAAGCAGAUAUCAAUGUUCCAAAUUCACUGAUUCCAAUGAAGUUACGAUAUUUUUCACCUAAAGAGAUUACAAGAUUCCACUUUUUCCCAGAACAAUUUCAAUUCCCUCCUUCUGUUACGGUUGCUCAAGGCUAUAGGUUAAUAGGAAACAGUUUAAAUUGUAAAAUCGUAUCUGAAUUAUUAAAGUAUUUAUUCUAUAAAUUUAAUGAUGAUAAUAAUAAUAAUAAUAAUAAUAGCAAUGAUAAUGAUAAUAAUGCUAGCUGCAGUAGUGGUAAUAGUAAUAAUAAUAAUAAUGAAUAA